AUGGCUACCCAGGAGAGCGAGAAAGCUCCAGUCAGCCCAGUCACUCAAGACAAAAAUGAACUCGAAUCAGGGAGUGUCCAGCCAAAUAAGUCAGAGGCAGAGUCACUACUGGGAACUUGGGACGGAGACAGCGAUUCAGGACAUCCAUAUAACUGGUCUCACCCGCGCAAAUGGGCCAUCACUCUAUUACUCUCGGGCGGCGGCCUGGUCACUCUCAUGUCAGGCGCCAUGCUCGCCCCAGCUCUCGAGACAAUCUCCCACGAUCUGCACACCGACGCGGAGGAAACACAGAUCUUCCUGUCAAUCUUCGUUCUCGCAUUCGCCUUUGGUCCCAUGGUUCUCUCCCCUCUAGCUGAAGUCUUCGGACGGCGUCCAACGUGGAUGGCUUCCAGCUGCUUCUAUAUCCUUUGGAACACUGUUGCGGGGUUCAGUAAGUCAAGCGGUCUGUUGAUUGCAAGCCGUCUCCUCUCGGGUCUUGGGGCAAGCGCUGAGUUUGCUGUGACAAACCCGGUUCUAUCGGAUAUGUGGCGGGCGGAAGAGAGAGGCACUUCAUUUGCUAUCUCUACCUUUAUCCCGCUCUUGGGUCCGGCGCUUGGGCCUAUCAUCGGCGGUGCGGUCACUCAGACCGUGGGCUGGCGCUGGACCUUCUGGGUGCUCUCCAUCUUCGAUGGUAUCUUGGUCGUCACCGCUCUCCUCGUGUUCGACGAGACCUAUGAGGUUGUUCUGCUGGAGAGGAGAGCUGCCCGUUUGCGCAAGGAGACCGGCAGGGCUUACUUCACAGAACAUAUGACUUCUUCAGAACGAAGUCUUCGUCCAGUUCUGCUCAGGGCACUCAGUCGGCCAUUCCGCCUCCUCUUCACGCAGCCCAUACUCCAAGUCAUUGCGAUAUUCCUGGCUUAUAAUUUUGGAAUCCUGUACAUCGUUCUCUCCACGUUUGCGACUCUGUGGAUUGAGCGAUACGGCCAGUCAGAAUGGGAGAGCGGCUUGCAUUACUUCGCCCUAGUCAUAGGUUACACAGUGGCAGCACAGGGCGGCGCUAUCAUCAUGGACAAGCUUUGGGGAUAUCUCAAGAAGAAAGCUGGCGACGACACGGCACCUGAGUAUCGCGUUCCCCUAAUGCUACCUGGAGCCAUCCUGAUCCCUCUCGGUCUGUUUCUCUAUGGCUGGUCAGCAGACAGGCAUACUGCUUGGAUAGUCCCAGACAUCGGCAUCGGCAUCUUUGGUUGUGGUAUCAUUCUCAAUACACAGGCUCUACAAGCAUAUGUUAUGGACGCUUUCCGUAAGUAUGUCGCCUCCGCAAGUGCUGCCUCGCAGUUCCUUCGGAGCAUUGCAGGGUUUGCCUUUCCCAUUUUUGCCCCGGCAAUGUAUCGGAAACUUGACUAUGGAUGGGGAAAUAGCCUGCUUGCCUUGGUGUUCAUCAUCCUGGGCUGGCCGGCCCCGUUCCUGUUGUGGAGGUACGGUGCGACUCUUCGAGCCAAAGGCACGCCGCAAUGGUAG